UACGGAGUAGAACUGAUCUCGUUGACUAACACAACAAGAAGAAAAAACCAGAUUAAAAAAGGAAAAAAAGAUCGAAAAUUCAUAGUCGAACUUCGAAAUUAUUAGAGCGAGAAGAACAAAUAAAAAAUUCGAACUUGUUUUCCCGGCAUCACAACAACAAACAAGCAAUCCUCAUCUUCUGGUAAACUUCGAAUUUCUUCCGCUUUGUAAUUCUAGGGUUUCGGGUGUCAUUUAACGCAAUUGGGUAUUUCCUUGACUUCAAUCGAUCAUCGGUUUCCAAGAAUCAAGAAAAAUGAAGCGAAAGCGUGGGCAUAAGAAGGGGAAAAGCAAGAAGCUAAAAUUGCAAUCGCCGGCAACUGCGGAAUUCCCAAACAACGAUGUUGAAAGUGUAAACACGGAGGAAAAUAAUUCAGGGUCUGAAGAGGUGGAGGAGAACAAUGAGGUUGAACAAGAGUCGAAAGCAACGGUGGAAGCGGCUGUGAGUCCGAUUAAGGUGGUGGAAAAGCCUCCACUUCCGCCCCCAAAAGUUUUUCAAAGACCUCCUCCAACUGCUGUGUAUGGGCGUGUAAAGCUCAAGUUGAAAAAAACAACGCCUAAACCUCCAACUGUGGAGCCUCAGGUUGUUAUUGCUGCUUCUGAGAGUCAAAUUCGAAGUGAUGCCGGAAAAAGUAGUGAGGUUGUUAGUGUCGUGGAUAACAAGGAAGAUGAGGUUGUUGUUGUUGGUGAGAAGAUGGAGGAGAGUAGUAAAAAAUCUGGGAUUAUUAAGAUUGUUUCUUCAAAAACUUGGAGUCCCCCGGUUCCGGUUGAUAAAGAGAGUGGUGAAAUUUCGGCUAGUGAAGACAGUAGCAAGAUUGUCUCUUUGAAAAGUUCAAGUCCUCCUACCCUAAGUUCAUGUUCUUUGGCCCCUGAUGGUAGAGAGAGUGGUGGUACGAUGGUGUCGUUGAAAAGUCCAAUUGGUGAAGAGAGUGGUACGGUUGUGUGUUUGAAAAGUACAAGUAUUCCGGUCUUGGUUGGUGAAGAGAGUAGUAAGAUUGUGUCAUCCAAAACUACUAGUCCCCCGGCCUUCAGUGGUAAAGAGAGUAGUACGAUUGUGUCAUUGAAAACUUCAAGUUCCCCAGCACAUGGUGGUAAAGAGAGUGGUACGAUUGUGUCUUUGGAAGGUUCAAGUCCCCCGGCACUGGUUGGCAAAGAGAAUGGUAAGAUUCUGUUUUCAACAACUUCAAGUUCCCCGGCCGUAGGUAGUAAAGAGGGUGGUAAGAUCGUGAUUUUGAAAAGUCCCCCAUCUCCAACUGCUACGGUUGUGUCUUUGAAAAGUUCAAGUCCCCCUGCGCUAGGUAGCAAAGGGAGUGGUAAGAUUGUGUUUUUGAAAAGUUCAAGUCCCCCGCCCGCAAGUGGUAAAGAGAGUGGUGUAAAUGGGUUUUCGUUGGAGGAGGAGGAGAACAAGACUGAUGAACACCAAGUGAGGAAACCUCAGCGAGAAGUUAAGUAUAACAAGGAAGAGUUGGAGGCUUCUAUAGAGGUGAUCAAGAAGGUUAUGAAAAUGGAUACUGCUGAACCCUUUAAUGUGCCCGUUGAUCCUAUUAAAUUAGGAAUACCAGAUUACUUUGACGUCAUUGAUACCCCAAUGGAUUUUGGCACCAUCCGCAACAAUCUUGAAAAUGGAACCAAGUACAUGGAUUCAGAAGAUGUCUAUAAGGAUGUGCAGUACAUAUGGGAUAAUUGCUUCAAGUAUAACAACAAAGGUGACUAUAUCGUUGACCUUAUGAAGCGGGUGAAAAAGAAUUUUAUGAAGUAUUGGAUGGCAGCUGGGCUGUACACUGAGCAAACAAAAAAGAUAAAAGGUGAAGAAAGCAGUCCCUUGGACGAGUCAAUGACUACAGGUCAUGGAAAGAAGCUAAAAAAAGGAAAAGGAGUCAAGCGUCACAAAGAUGACUGUCUUUGUGCUAUAUGCAUUAUGAAGCGCCGGAGGCGGGAGCGUGAGGCCCGUGAGGCACAAAUGUCACGUGAACUUGGAGGCCAAGUUACUUCACCUCAAAUAAAAGCCUCCAAGACUGGGCUGCCUGAAGAAUACAAGCAAGAGGAGAUUUCACACGCUGAAAGUCCUGUUGAGACUUCGUCUUAUAUGGAGACUUCCCCUGAUGGAGAUAUAGAUGUUGAAAUGGAAGAUGGAGAGACGAGGCCUGAUGCAGUUGCACCUCAGCACAAUAAUGACCAGAAGUUAGUUGCUAAUAGAGCUGACUUGCAUGAUAAAUCUGAUAGAUCUGGAGAUAUAUCGGAAAAGUCAGUACAAAGUGAUAAAGGCGAUGCUGAAUUAUAUUCUUAUCAUGAAGCUAAUGGUCUGGAUGAAUCAGGGAGUAGACUAAAGACUAAUGCUCAUAAUCAACUAUUGCUUCAGCCGGAAGGGCAAACUGCAGGAUACCUGCAACAUAGACAUGAGCUACUGGAGAUGGAGAAGAAACAUCAAAAGCUAAGAAUGUUAGACACUUUCCGUGAUCUUGAAAACCCUAGAAUCUUAGGGUUAUGUGGAACCCUCUUUCCAAACAAUGUACAAACCAUUUGGAAUGGAGCCAACUCACUGGUCCGAUGCCAGAGAUCAUGUCAUGGAAGAGGCAUUCAUGAUGCUGUUGGCUCAUUCAUGAAUCUUCCCAGUAAAUCUGCCUCCUUUCUGAAGUAAAUUUCUUCUUGCGGAUAUAGUUAACUUUAUCCUCCCGGAGUUUGAAAAUUCUGUUCCAGCAUUUUAUGGUAUAGGACAGUAACCAAGCACCUUACCAAGUUCUUGCUGAUAAAACAUAUAAAGGUUGUAGGUCACAGAGGAAGGUUCUUGGACUUCGAUUCUGCAGAUCACUGUGCGGCUAUUUUACUUUUCUGAAAGAGCUGACAUUGGUCUAGAUUGGAUUUAAGUUCCUGUCAAUUAUUAUUGAGAAUGUAUUGACAUGUAUGAUUGUACGUAGCAAAAUAUAUGCAAAUAUGCAAUAUAUGAGCAUGCUCUUGUUGUAAUUUUCGAGAAACUAUAUUUUGUAAAUUGCAUCUUCGGAGACA